AGUACGGCACUUGGGAGGUAAUGUCAAACCACUGCAGCUUUGGUGGGAUGAGAAAGCCUUCGUCAGCAUCACCUACAGGAGGAGAGGGCAGGCUGAGGCUCUGCUUGUAAACCAGAAGUGUGAACAGAAAGAUUUGAAGGACGACAUGGCCAAGCCCAAAAAGAAAAAGGGUUCUUCCUUUCACUGCCUUGAGCCACAGCCCCCUCGGCUGGGAUGGGGCAUGGUCUUCCUCCACUCAAGACCCACGGACAAGGCUGGGUGUGCCUCGGUCUCCAGAGUACCGCCUGUCUUCCACUUCAGCCCACGGCACUGCGAGAGACUCAAGACCCAGUAUUUGAAAAGGGCAGCGGCCAACCUUUCCUUCUCUGAAGAUGUGGGGUGGCAGCGGGGACUGCCCAGCAUGCCUUUCAGUCAGUAUGAUUUUAAGCACAUCUACAACACUGAAAACAUCCUGCCACCUCCACAGACCAGGGCCACCGACACUAAGAAACCUGAGUGCGCUGAGGCUCUGUAUGCUUUAACCCUCUUGCCAGAAACCAUCACUCACUUUACAAAGACACACACCUCAAACUUCUUGCCGGAAGACUUCACUUACUUGGCAAAGUGUUCUAAGGGUUCUAAAAAGCCGAAGAAAACAAAGCCCCGAGACCCAGAGCAGAAAGCAUUUCCUGGACAAAGCCGCCAUCACAACUUAAAGCCAGAAAUCCUGGAGCUGUCAGUCUCUCCGGAUGAGAGUCUGGAAGAAAGGGAAACCUGGCUUCCACCUGGGGAGAAGGAGGCGCGAGGCUGGGAAGCCAUUGUUCUGGAGAAGCUGAACAAGCGCACCUCGCGAUGGAUCCAGAGCAAGCGGCCACCGAGGCCAGGACAGUCGCCCAACAAGUGGCAGUCCUUUCUCCGCCAGCAGUACGACUGGAGCCACAUUCGGGAUGAGCUCACUUCAUCCAGUGACUUGGAGCUCCUCAAAAUGCUGGAGGCGGAAGAAACAGCCGAGUUUAUGGGGGAAAGUGCCCCGAAGCCACCAAAGGAAAUAAAGAAGCCAGAGCUGCUGCUUCCCGUCUACUUCAGGUUACCUGGUUACUCCCCACAAGUACACACAGCAGAAGCCAUGUCUGGCAACAACAUGACAGCCGAGGUUAUCCGAGCAGAGAGAAGCAACAUGCAGCAUAUGACUAAGAGCCACUUCCGGCAGGUGAACCGCAAAGCCGGGGAGUACGCUUACGCUACGGACAACACCUUUGAGCAGGAGAUGUACUUUGAUGGAGUGAAGAUUGUUCACCAGAUUGGUGGGAGGAAAGACCAGAUUGUCCUGGAAAACCUCAAUCGGUAUGACAAGCACCUAACCAAGGUCUUCCCGGAAACCCCAGAGAAGUGGAGCUUCCAGCCUAUUCCUGAAAUGCCUUACAAACUCAGGAAAGGAGUCCAGCGUUGGACUGCAUUGCCAACCGAGACCAGUCUGCUGCAGGUAGGUAAGGAGGCCACAUCGGCCAAGACAAGGAGACAAAAGAAGCAGGUCCAACCCGUGGAGGAGGAUGUGACGUGGGAGCUGGCCAUCCUGCGGAGGAUGCUGCAGGAGUGGAAGACUUCCUGGGGACUGAUUAUUGAAUGGUAUCACAAGACAGUGGAGAACCUACUACGGGACAUACAAAGCAUGUAUGAUGACAUUAGGGUCCAGGCCAUCACCACAUGUGCUACCGCUGCUUUAGAAAGGCCCCGGGUUGCCACCACACCGGAUAACUCAGAGCCAAUCAUUGUGGAUUUGCCAGCGGUCCUCCUGCCUGUUCUAGAGGAUGCUCUUUCUCACAGAAAUCCCAACGUGAGGAUGGCGGCCGCAGUAUGCCAGUAUUGCAUACAGUCACAUAAUCCCACUGCCCGAGACAUCAUGCAGACAGCCCUCAUAAAGGGUAACAGCGUGGACAGCUGGGCCGCAGCUCAGUGCUUGGCUCUGGAAGGCAUUGCCAGCUACCCGGUGAUCAAGAGGCUCCUCCACCAGCUUUUCCACAAGAACAACCAGGCCACUGAAGAGCAGGCGUGUCUACUCCUCAACCACCUCCGGGUAAAUAGGGAUAUGAAACAGAAAAUAAUCCAGCUGAUGUGGAAUGACUGGAACAAGGAAGUAAGGCAAGCGGCUGCCAAAGCCCUGGGGCGAAUGAACCUUGGCAAAGAGAUUCAUGACAUGAUCAGAGUUAAGCUGUGCCAAGGAAAUUCCCAGGAGCGGAUUAAGGCCCUCUCGCUGAUCCGUGUGCUCAAACUCAUGACAGCCAAGCUUCUCCCAAGCUUCCUGACCUGCUUCUCUGAUGAGUUCACAGGAAUUCGACAGGCAGCUUGUUUGGCGGCAGGUGCCUUGCAGAUCCGUGACCAGAUGGUGCUUGAACGCCUCAUGAAUCUGAUGCACACAGAUCCUUACUGGAAAAUUAAGGCCUUUGCCAUUCGAGCUUUGGGACAGAUUGGACUAGUGAGUCCCCAGCUGACCAAUAAGCUGCUCUGGGCUAUCCACUAUGAAGACUCACCAGGCGUGCGACUGGAAGCCUGCCGGAGCAUCCUAGCCCUCAAGCUUCACGGCGCCCAGGUCAGAGACACCUUCCUGGAUGUGCUGCUUCUGGAGAAGCACGAGGCUGUUCUUAAGGAAAUUCACCAGACAAUGAAAGCACUCAACUUAGAAAAAGAAGGAAGUCAAGAAAUGAUUCAGGAGAUCAAGAAAAAGAUCCAGACACUAAACCAAAAGGACGCACUGACGGAGAAAAUACUGAAGAUGGAACUGGCCAUAAAAAAACUGAAAGAAACAGCUAAAUGGGUUUACUCAGAACCCAAAGAGGGCCAAAAACCGCUGGAAUUCUACAGUUUUCUUCAGAAAUUCAAGCCUUCUGAGAGUAAAAAGGUUCUUCUCAGGCCUGAAGUCUGCGACACUGAAAAAAUCCUCAAGAGCCCGUUCCCUAUCGGUCAACACAGGGGGCAGGGAAUCGUGAAUGAAGUCUUUUGCUCUCUGGUCAGCCACGGCAUCGACAGGAGCAAAGUGUCCCAGGCGAGCAACCAAGACCCGCACCUUUUCCAUGAAAGCUGUCCUUCUAGGAUCCUUAGAGUCGGAAUGCUGUGCCCCCAUGUAAUCCAUGAAGUCUCGGGGCAAGCCUCUGCGGAACUCCACGUUCUCCUCUAUGGCCGCUUGAACUGCCAAAGGCAGUACAGCCUCCAGGAAGUCACCCCAUGUAUUGCGCUGGUAGGUGGACAAGGUGAGGUGCAGGGAGUGGACUCCAUCCUGACAUUCAGCUUGGUGAAUGAAGCCCCGAGGAAAAUAGAGCAGGUCUCCAGGUUCCAGUACCGUUUGCAGCACCGGCUCACCAAGGUCCUCCUGGCUGAAGUUGGGACUAGAUGUCAAGGCCAACUCCUCACUCGGAUCCCGCGGUCGGUAGACGCGCCAGAGUUUCCGACCUUCCAGCUGCAACACGAAAGCCUCGAUGUCGUCGUAGUGAGGAGCAAAGCCCUGCGAGUCGGGGGGCGUGAGGUAGACGUUGGAGCCCGCCAUGCUGCCAAACUGCUCCUGGAGCACGGCCAGAAACUGCCACACGGUGGGCGAGAAGGCUUGCGGGCACAGGAGGCGCAAGGAGCAGCCGGCUCGGUACAAGGACCACGCGGCGGCGGGAAGCGCGCGGCCCGGCGGGUUCAAGGUCUCCCGCCGUCCAUCGACGUAGCGCGCGGCAUCCAAAUGCUGCCCGAAUUGCACGUCCUCGUAGCGCAGCAUCGAGUCCAGGUCGGCGGUGGAGAAGAGACCCUCGUAGUAGCUGCGGUCCUGCCGCCGCACCAGCACCGCCUCCCGCUCCCACAGCCGCCGGUAGAAGUGGUCCGGAGCGGCGAAGCCCGGGGUCGCCCCGGCUCAUCGGCGUGCGAGCCCGGCGGCGGCGGCGGAGCGGCCGUCCCCAGGUUCCGGGAGAGCGCAGCCCGCCCCUCCACGCGGCUCGGCAGCGUCGCCGAAGCCGGCCUCGGGCGCGCUGACACCGGCCGCGGCUCCGCCGACCGCGAGGCCUCCGGCAGCUCUGCAGGCCUUUUCCGCUUGCCCCGGACCGAGGCCACCGCCACCGCCACUUUCGAGUCCGAGUCCUCGCUCUGGAGCGCGCGAGCUCUCAGCGCGGCCACGCGGGACGCCGCCGCACUUUUCCGGUGCCUUCGGAUCUUCCGGGGCCGCAAGGGCAGGGCCAAGACCGACGCGCCGCGGGGCUGCGACUGCCGCCGGCGCCUCCCCCGCCCGCGCUUCAGCAGCGCCGCGCCGUUGCCAUUCGGUAGCUCGUCCAUGGCGGGGCGGCCGACGGGACCCACGCUUCCGCGCCGUGGUGCUUUCUGGGAAGGGGGCGAGUCCUUCGGCAUUCCCUGGGUUGAAGUAGGAAGACCCGCUCGCUCUAAAAGUGAGCAGUACCAUCCAUCCCCACGGGCUGGCGUCCUGGAGUGGGUAAGAGGGGAAAGCAAGCAAGCGCUGUGCACAGCGUCUUUAUUCUCUGCUCUGAGUGACUGGCUGCGUCCUGCUCCUGCGGCCACUUCUACCCUACCACGAGGGAACAGUGUGAUGCCCAAGGUGCCAAGUCCUUGGCUCCAGAGUCCCGUCGUAGGAAUCCCCGUACAGAAAAACCGCUCACCGUAUUUCAGGGAUCUACGGACUGCCCGGGAAAAAAGGAUUGAAAGAGGACCCUUUGGAGAUGACCCAGAUUUACAGCCGAGCAAAUUCUUCAAAGAAGAUUUUCUUUCCACAUCAAGUCUUCUUUCCUUUCGGGGAAUACAGCUCCUGUCUAGGCUGGAUGGCUCUUCUUCUCCUUGACACCCGGAGCAGCAGACAGGGCACAUUCUGUCUCUUCCAUUGAUACUGAACAAUGUUCUCACUAUGUUUACAAAGAUAAACUACUUGUCAAUCAACUUUACUAUUAUUAUUAUUAAUUAU